GGGCCGUCGAUAGGAGUGUUUUGCUGCUCGAAAAUUGUUCGAGCUACGGCUAGUGGAGUCGAGCUUUGAUCCAAGCCGAGCUUGGGCAGCUCCAUCGUCUCAUUUGCAUCCCUAGUCUGCAAUAAAGGCAGUCUCUCUCCCAUCGUCUUCUUCUUCACGAGUUGAAGCCAUGGCUCUCAUCAGACGCCCUUUCCUCCCCUCUUACCGUCCUCUCUCCACCAUCACCUCUUUCCCAUCUCCACUCCUCCAUCGACCCUACGACGAAUCCUUAGAAGAAGAAGAAGAAAAGGAGUUGGAAGCAGAAAGUAUAACCAAUCGCUCCUACUGGACGAAGCGCAUCCACUUCCUCUGCUCCACGGCCGGCGACCCCGACGCAGCCCUCCGCCUUCUCCAUCGCCUCCGCCUCCGAGGCUUCGUCCCUGACUCCCUCAACCUUUCCAGUGUAAUCCACUCCCUCUGCGACGUCGGCCGCUCCGACGAGGCCCACCGUCGCCUCCUCCUCUCCACCGCCGCCGGCUGGCUCCCCGAUGACCGCACCGCCAACGUCCUCCUUGCCCGCCUUCUCGACGCCGCCACCCCUUCCCUCACCCUCGCCGUCCUCCGCCGCCUCGCCGACGCCAAACCCGCCUUCGCCCCUUCCCUCACCAACUACAACCGCCUCGCCGACCACCUCUGCUCCCAAGGUCAACCCUUCGAGGCCCUCGGUCUCUUAUCCGACAUGAAGACCCGUGGCCGCCUCCCGGACGCCAUCACCUACACAACCCUCAUCAAUGGCUUCUGCCGGGCCGGGGAACUGCACGAGGCCCGCCGCCUGUUCGACAAAAUGCUUAAAGGUGGCAUCUUGCCCAAUUCUCUCACCUACAGCGUCCUAAUUAAAGGAGUCUUAAGGAAGCGGAGGCUCGACGAGGCGAGGGAAUUGAUGAUGGAGCUUUGGCCGAAGAUGGAAGAGGAGAAGGACCCAUCGGUUAACAGUGCGGCAUUUGCCAAUUUGAUUGACUCCCUGUGCCGAGAAGGAUUCAUUCAUGAGGUCUUUAGAAUUGCAGAAGAGAUGCCGCAGGGGAAGAGCCUCCCAGAGGAGUUCGCCUAUGGGCAGAUGAUGGAUUCGCUCUGCAGGGCUGGAAGGCAUCAUGGGGCUUCCAGAAUUGUGUAUAUAAUGAGGAAAAGAGGCUUCUUUCCAAGCUUGGUUUCCUACAAUUGUAUUGUCCAUGGUUUAAGCAAGAAUCGAGGUUGUAUGAGGGCUUAUCAAUUAUUUAAGGAAGGGAUCGAGUUUGGAUACUCACCGUCGGAACCUACUUACAAGGUGCUUGUCGAGGCUCUUUGCAAAGAAAUGGAUCUCCACAAGGCCAAGGAUGUGGCCGAAUUCAUGUUACAAAAAGAUAGUGUUGAUAAGACGAGAAUCUACAAUAUAUUUCUGAGUGCUCUGCAUCUUGUGGACAAUCCAAGUGAGCAGCUUAAUGUCCUCAUCUCAAUGCUUCAGAAGCAAUGCCAGCCUGAUGCUAUUACUCUUAAUACUGUUAUCCAUGGCUUCUGCAAGAUUGGAAAAGUCGCUGAAGCUAAAAAGAUCAUGAGUGACAUGUUGAAUGGGAACUUCUUUGGUCCAGAUGUGGUGACCUUUACUACCAUUAUUCGUGGGUUGCUGGAUGUUGGCAAUUCAGAAGAAGCCCUUGAUAUGUUGCAAAGGACAAUGCCCAAAUGCCAUUGUUUUCCAAAUGUCGUGACUUACAAUGUGGUUCUAUGUGGCUUAGUUAAGCUUCAGAAGGUUGACAAAGCAAUGGAAAUUUUCAAUGAUAUGGUCAGCAAGGGCAUCGCUGCUGAUAGCACAACUUACACAGCAAUAAUUGAAGGCUUGUGUAACAUCGAUCGGCUCGAAGAGGCAAAGAGAUUUUGGGAUGAGAUAGUUUGGCCUUCAAAGAUCCAUGACAAUUAUGUUUAUGCUGCGAUCCUUAGAGGUCUUUGUCACAUGGGGAAACUGGAUCAGGCCUGUGAUUUUUUGUAUGAACUGGUGGAUUGUGGGGCUGCUCCAGGGAUUGUGAACUACAACAUCCUCGUCGACAGUGCUUGCAAACAGGGUGUAAAGAAAGAGGCUUAUCAGAUCAUGGGUGAGAUGAGAAAGAAUGGGUUGAAGCCUGAUGCUGUAACUUGGAGGAUUUUAGAGAAGUUGCAUGAGAAACAAAGCAAGGAACCAACCUUUGAUAGCCAAAGUUUAGAAUGUAGAGGUCUCAAAGAGGAGACAGUGAUGACAGGAGAAUUUGAGGAUGAAACUAUUUUAAAAAUCAUAGAUGAAGAGAAGGAAUGCAUCAAUAAGGUCGAGAAUCAUGGAGACCCAUUGGAGGGCCUUGUAGAUCCAAGCCUUUCUGCUAAACUAGUUGAAGAGGAUAAGACCAGUGAGGCCGAUAGAGUUGUCAAUAAAAUUGAUUUAAUUGGAGGUACAGGUAGAGAAAAACCUGUACAACCAGAUCAGCGAGAACCACUGUCGAAGAUUGCUAAGAGGGUGUUUGGGAUACUCUAAGAAAGCUAGAGAUUAUGCUAAAAUGUGAUAAAAGUGAAGUUUGGAGCAAAAUGGUUUGCAGAUAGAAGAUAAGGAAGUCAACAGAUCAAAGAGAAGUGCGGAUGCUAACAGCUCUAUCUGUCACACUUCCGUCUUGCAGCUUUGAUUGGUUUCAUUUUUCCUCCCUCAAAUGAUGAACAGUUCGAUACUGAAAAUCUUAAAAGAACAGUUGUUCUAAAUGUUAUGUGGCAGUACAAUGCGGUCUUAUGCUGUUGUAUAAAAAUUCACAAGGUUGAUAGAGCAAUUAAAAUUCCACUGAGGACAAAGUCGUCUGCUCUGAAAACACAACCUAGACAUUGACCAUUUAUGGUUUCUGCAGAACGGUUAGUUUCAAUGAAGCGGAGAGAUUUUCAGAUGACAUGGUUUUGGUCUUCAAAGAUCCAUGAGGACAAGUUCGUGUGGCCUUUUGCUCCAUGGAUUGAGUUACAGCAUAUGCAUGUCACUAUUUAGUGCUUUCCAGGUGGCAGCUGUGUCGAGAACAGCUUGGUGGAGACAGAUGUAGUAACUGAGAGGUUCAGGUUGGAUCACUGAGCUUGAACAGCUUUAGUGCUGUUGAUCAACAUUCAGGAGUUGAUGGCACCACAAAUGUUGGAGCACUAAUGCAGAAUCUACUGAGCUUGAAUUUGAAAAAUACACCUAUCAUGCUUGAAGUGCAUCCGUUCAACAGUUAGACCAAAAAGCAUGGAAAGCAGGAAGAAGUUGUUCCAGAUGCAUUCCUUAUGGAAAAAAAAUGCUAUAGGACAUCCAUGGAGAUCACACCAUCAGUUCGAAUGAUUUUGCGAAAGAUAUCCCUGGGAAAAGUCUACAAAGUCCGGCACAAAGAGAACAACCAUCAAAGUUGUGCUCUGAACAUUCAUGGGGGCUGUCUGGUGGAAGACUUCCCCCCCUUUACUUUGCAUAGAUGUUUGACGAGAGAAGAAACCUCUUGCAUGGAUAAAUUCUUUUCGACACUCACAGUCAAUGCGAAGAGAGAAACUGUGUUGAAUUCAUCUUUCCUUGUCACAAAUAGGCUGAUCUAGUAAUAGCAUGAUAGCAGAUUUCCACAGAGAGCGUGGAUUUCUGAUUGUGGAUUUGACCUGCUCUUUGCAUCUGCAGUUUAACCCCCCCUUUGCACUGCCUUCUGCAUGGUGCACCGAAAUAGCACUGAAGGUUGAAAGGAAGACCAAAUAGAGCUCUGUGACAUAUGCAAAUGCACAGUACUUCAUAUGUCAGAUUUGGAGUGAUGUAAGGUUGCUCCAGAUGUGCCCGACUCUGUAGCAAGAAGCAGGUCAUGAAGCUUCUGGGUACAGCUAUCAUCUGAUUGUGUCCAAUUAAAUAUACAGUUAUCUAUUGUUGUAAACAGCUGUGGUUCGAAUUAAUCAAAGCAUAAUUAUAUAACGAUGUCCAAUUGUGGAGAACAGUUCACCAUCAGCACCUUUUAAUAACAUUUCAGCCUAUAACUUCAUCCAUAUUUCCAUAAUGGCUAGCCCUGGCAUGUAUUUUAUCAUAUUUUUGUUAACUCGUGCGAGUGUUCAUCUUUCUUUGGAACUUGGUUCAGAAUUUCAGGAACUAAACUGCAGUU